CCCGCAGGCCCUCUAGGGAGCGGAAGAAACUUCGAACCGAAUUUCUCUUCAUCCUCCUAACGCCUCGGAAAGAACGGAUAUCUUCAAAGUUGAGGGAAUUACUUGUGCUGUGGUAUUUUAGUUGGAAGUACCCUCCAAAGCUCUGCAUGGUUUUGCGAACGAAAUACAUGCCAUGGAAGUGCAUUAUUCUACUUCAGGCCUGAUGUUUCAGCUAGAGACUUAGAAAACUUUUCCCUGAAGUUUCCAAUUGUUUAUUCCUUCCGAAAUAUUUUUAGUUCUAAAAGCAUCCACCUAACGCACCAUCACGGCAACUCUAAUGGGAGUAAAAGAAAACAAACUUGUCGUAUUGGGGGCAGGUGGUGUUGGGAAAACAUCGCUGGUUGUCCAAUACGUCGAGGGAUUCUUCUCAACCACCUAUAAACCCACGGUUGAGGAUUACUACAGACACACAGUUAAAAUGCCAGAUGGAUCACAUGAGCCUGUGGAGAUUGUGGACACUGCAGGCUCACACCCCUUCCCAGCCAUGAGAGAGCUCAGCAUUCGUUCCGGACGUGCAUUUCUGCUCGUGUUUUCAUUGGACGACGCGGGAACGCUGCGAGAAGCCCUCCGCAUCUGGGAACACAUAAGAAAAAUUAGAGGAGACAAAGUUCCAGUUGUCCUCGUUGGAAACAAGACAGAUCUGGAAGCAGAGCGACAGGUGACUUCAGAGAUGGUGGACGAAGCUCUUCUUCAGGAUGAUAGCACACCUCAAUGCAAGUACCUAGAAACUAGCGCCAAAAGCAACUUCAACGUAGGCCCGCUGUUUGUAGAGCUCCUUCAACACGCCAGGGAAUUGGAACGACCGGCUCCACCUGUUGCUCAGCAAUCAAGACGCUUGAGCAGACGAUUGAGCUCUUUGGGCAACAUCAACUUGGCAACCAGGAGGAAGUCCAGCAUCGGCAAAGUUGUGCAAUCUUCUGAAGAAGCAGAAAAUGAUGACCCUCCUAAGUCGGAUCCUAGAUGCGUGAUUGCUUAAAAGUUGAAACGAGCUUCUAGAGUGUUUUAACGCCUCAUUUGAACAAUUUUACACUGUUUACUUUUACACUGAAAAUCUUCAGUAUCUGAUUACGCGGUCGA